AGGAAUUUGUGAAACCCACAACUUGAAAAAAGAAAAUAGGACCAACUUGUGAUAAUAAAUGGUAGUGGGUACAAGGAAAACCACCACGAAAGCAACAUCAAAUUCAUCAUCUAAUCUGACAAGGAGAACAUCAUUAAAUACACCAACAAAGACAUCAGACCUAGAUGAAACAAUGAUGGAAGAAAUUAGAAGGAUGCUUCAAGAAACAAACAUGGAAAUACAAAAAUCCAAAGAUGAACUGAAAGCAGAAUUUAAGAAGGAUUUGAGAAUUGAACUAGGUGAAGUAACUACAAGGCUUGACAAGAUCGAUGGUGAUUUGAAAAAGGUCAGCGGUAAAGUGGAAAAAUUAGAACUGGAUAUGAAGAAGAUGGAAACUAAGGUGGAUACACUAUACAAAGACCAACAAGAGGGUCAAGAAUCGAUUUUAAAAUUACAAUUGAAGCAGAGAGAAAACUGUUUGAAGCUGAGAGGCCUGCCGGAGAAUGUAAACGAAAAUCUGUACACACUUCUCUCGCCAAUCCUAGCUAAAUUCAUCGGAGAAUCCGAAACUCUUUUCCCCUGGGAAAUCGACCGAAUCUACAGGAUCAAUUCUCGAAUUGCAAAGACCAGGAGGCUUCCGAGGGAUAUCAUGAUCUACUUUGUCCGCAAACAAACUAAAGAAAUAAUCUUGAGACAAAGCUUCAAUACUAAACUACUAAUUGAGGGCAAGGAGAUCACAAUCUUAAGGGACAUUCCGGGAAAAAUUUUAAAGAGAAGAAAAGAGUACAAUUUCCUGAUUGAACAAUUGAAGGCUAGAAAGAUUUUGUAUAAGUGGGAUGAUCUAGAUGGGGUUAUAGUAACAUGGAAACAAAGAAGAGUGAGACUGAAUUCUGUGGAACAGGCUAGAUCGUUUUUUGGAUGAGCUAGGCAAGGAACCAGAAGAAAGAAAUAAGAAAGAUGAAGGAAGGAGUGGUGAAGAAGAGAGGGAAGAGGAAGAGGAGGAGAUAACCGGAGAGUGAGUUAAGAGGCAAGAGAAGAUAAUAAGAAAAGGAAUAAGCAAAGAACGACUUUGAAUAGUUAGAUUUCUACGUGGACUUUUUUU